GGUUGCCAACCGUACGAGGUUCCUCGUACAAAUACGAGAUUUAUGGUCUUACGUACGAGGUACGAGGAUACUAUUAACCUCGUACAAAUAUGUACGAGAUUUUGAUAAUAUGGCCAAUGGCCAAUUGGAUAUAUAUUAUUAGCAUUUUGCAUAUUUUACACCAUUUACGCGAUUAUUGUCUAUGGCAGCUAUCGCUUCAACAACAACACCGCACCGCACCAUAGAAUGUUUUCACGAAAGUGAGAGCGAGAAAGUGUUAUUUUUUUAUCGCUAUCACUUACGUGAAAAAAAAUCCACAGACGCGGUGCGGUGCGAUCAUUUCUUAGGUACUUUACGGAGUGGUCCCGAUAGUAUAAUAUGCUUAAUUUUGUUUUAAACACGUUUUCGAUGCAUAAUAAUAAUAUUUUUUAUAUGUACGAGGUUUGAAAGUCUAAAUACGAGAAUUUUAGCUGAAACGUACGAGGAAGUUUUGCUUUACGGUUGGCAACCCUGCAUCAUGGCGUUCGCGUGAAUCAUUGUUUCACUUGUAAAAUUUGUUUAAAUUUGUGUAAAAUGGUGGUUACUUAUCAUUACCAAGAUAUGUUCGAUGAAGCUUUAAAAGCUGAAUGUAUUACUUUGCCCACAUGGAAAGAUACUGGAUUAAAACUGGAGUAUUUGGAGAAUGAAACAUGUGAUGUUAUCGAGCCAGUCUAUAAGGAUACGCCACCUGUAUUACCCUUUGCGCGUUCAGAAAUAUAUCAAGCUCAAAUGUUGUGUUCGCGUCGCUUGACCUCAGUAAACGCUGACUGCAAGCCGGUGUAUGAGGUGGCGUUUGAUGUAAAGGAAAGUAAUUUCGAGUUCAAAGCUGGAGAUACAAUUGGCAUCCUUCCCCAGAAUAGUGUUGAAGAAGUGAACACUAUUCUAGAUCACCUAGGCAUAACACAGGGCGACCAGUGGUACAACCUUACUAGCGGGUCAAAGGCUAAGGUGCCUGCGCAUGUACCAGUGAGGUCUACAUUGAGGCAUGUACUUACACAUUGUGUAGAUUUGAGAGGAGUCAUAAAAAAGCUUUUCCUUCUGGCUUUAUCUAAGCACACCAAAUGUGACACUGAAAGGAAAACUCUAGAAUAUCUAAGCAGCAAAGAAGGAUCAGCAGCAUACACUAAACACAUAUUGAACAGAGGCAUAUGCAUCUUAGACUUAUUUACAAUUUUCAAAACAUGCCGACCACCCAUUCCAAUACUAUUAGCAAAUCUUCCCAGGUUGCUACCGAGGCCAUACUCCAUAGUAAACAGUGGACUGAAAGACUCAAAUACAUUGAAAAUAUGCUUUUCAGUCAUGGAAUUAGAUAACAACAGAAAGGGACUGACAACUGGCUGGUUGGAAUCAAAAAUUAUAAAUUAUACAUUUGAAAAUAGAAUGCAAAAUCUCAGUAUAACAAGUGACUGUCUAAAUAGAGUCCCUAUGUAUUUAAGAAAGAAUAUGGCUGAAUUUUUUUUGCCAUGUAAUACUCAAAAACCCCUUUUACUGAUAGCUACUGGCACUGGUAUAGCGCCAUUCAUAGGUUUCUUGGAAGAGAGACAGAAACUUAAAUCGGAAAAUAGUGAAAUGGGAGAGUUGUGGCUAUUCUUUGGAUGUAGAGAUCCUAAUUUAGAUUAUUUAUAUCAAGAGGAAUUGGAGCAGUUUGAAGAUAACUUGACUUUGACGAAAUUAAUAACAGCCUUCUCUAGGAUACACAAAGAGGAAGCUAGACAUGUUCAGGAUGCCUUAAAUGAAAAUGGUGGAGAUGUGGCCAGGUUAAUAGACCAAGGAGCUUCGGUAUUUGUGUGUGGAGAAGCAAAAACUAUGGUGGCUCAAGUAAAAGACUGUAUAACUAGCUACUUAGUUGAAUACAGUGGUAAAACUCAAGAAGAAGCCAAGCAGUGUAUAGCUCAGAUGGAGAAGGACAAACGAUAUGUAGUUGAUCUGUGGAGUUAGUGCAAUGUUUAGUAUAUUGAUAUUUCUGUACAGAGAGUAAUUUAUUUAAAUUAUAUAUUUAUUUAAUA